CCCGAUAGGAAUCCCCAAUGGCGGAUGUAGUGUAACGACCAAAAAUACAAAUUGUAAUUACCAGAUUUCAUAACGCUGAGAACCUUUCGAAAUUACAACAUCUGCUAACAUAGUCGAGUGAAAAGUGAGACAUCAUCCCAACAUUAGAUGCGCCCUCUGGGCCUUCUGUACAUCACGAAAUAAAGACUCAUACUACGCCCAGCAUCCACUGGUUGGUCGAGACACAGGGAUGGACGACACUGGCGACUCUAACGACUCGGUGGAAGUUCCACUGGAGCAGUCCCACCUCCCUGUUGACCUGCAGACCAAAUUUGUGGACAAUGGCGACUACCAUAUGAUGAAUGGAAAUGGGACGUUGGAGUUCCAGCCACACAUCAAGAUCGUUGAGGAGCCCCAACAGCGAGGAUUCCGCUUUCGCUAUGAGUGUGAGGGUCCCUCCCAUGGGGGCCUACAGGGGGAGAAGAGUGAGAAGAGCAGGAAGUCCUACCCCAGCAUCAAGAUUGAGAACUACAAUGGUCCGGCUAAGAUUGUGGUGACCCUGGUGACAGAUGAGGAUCACCCCAAACACCAUGCCCACAAGCUCGUGGGAAGGAACUGUCAAAAUGGAAUCUGUGUACAAGAAGUACAGUUAACCAGUGGCAUUAUUUCCUUCCCCAAUCUGUGUGUGCUGCACGUCACACGGAAGAAGGCGACGGAGGUGUUGGAGGGCCGCAUCAUCGAGUCCCUCAUCCUUGAGAGGAAGGUCCAGCAGGGGCACAUGAGUGCUGAAAUAUCCAUCACAAAGGAUGACAAAGACAAAGCCCGGAAGCAGGCACAAGAGCAGGCCAAGAACAUGUCGCUCAACGUGGUGCGGCUGUGUUUCCAGGUGUAUCUGAUGGAUGAAAAGAAAAACUUCACCAAGCAUCUGACUCAAGUGGUAUCCAGGCCGAUCUAUGACAGCAAAUCCCCCGGUGCAUCUGCACUCAAGAUCUGCAGGAUGGACAAGUACGGCGGCUGCUGCACAGGCAAUGAGGAGGUGUUCCUCCUGUGUGAGAAGGUCCAGAAAGAUGAUAUCUCAGUGAGGUUUGUAGAGUUCAGUAAGGAUGGGUCGGUGUUGUGGGAGGCUUUCGGUAACUUCAGUCCCCUCGACGUCCACAGACAGUAUGCGAUUGUGUUCCGCACCCCUCCUUAUCGGAACACGUCCAUUGACAAGGCUGUCAAUGUGAUGAUAAUGUUGCAGAGGAAGAGUGACCAGGAGACAAGCGAGGCCAAGGCCUUCACAUACUAUCCCCGCAAUCUUGACAAAGAUGGUAUAGCAAGAAAGAAGAGGAAGGCCAUGCCAUCACUGGAUGGUUUUGGGGGUCAUACCGGGGAGCAGGGGUGGGUUUGGCAGCUCAAGGGGUGGGGAGGUUUCGGUGGGUCUGAUGGUGGAGGGGGCGGAGGACAAGUCCCACACAGGGUUUUACUGCCGAAUGGAAAUGUGGUCUAUCAAGAUGGAAAUGUUCCGUCCACCAUUGAACAAGCCAUACAAGAAUGCUAUGACAGCCCUGUCAACAGUCCAUAUCGCACUGACUUGGACGAGCUGGACAGUCCCUAUGCUGAUCUGUCCAUGGACUGUGAGCCAAUAAAGACAUCUCAUCACACAACCGUCACAGAUGUAACGAAGCCUUCUUCACUCAAACACAAGGGGCAAAGCAGGGGAACCAUUAAAGUGGCAGACGUCCGUGAUGUAACAACCAAGAUGGCUGCAGUAAAGCUGAGUGACACACCCAAGAGCCCUGGCACUGAGCCAACAGAGAAGGGGUCAGAGGAUGUGAAGGACAGUGAGGUCAAGGACUCGGGGUCAGACACAAGCAGUUCUAAUGCACCGACAGAGGGAGCUCGAACUGAUGAGGGAUUCUCAGAGUCAUCCUCCAUUCCUGGAGAUUUGUCGCCGAAGAAGGCACCUGAUGGUGAUGACAAACCUGUUCCUCAGAGAGACCCCAAGCAAGUUCAAGGCAAGAUAGAGUUGAGCAAGAAGAAAGACGAAGCUAUCCGCAUGGCACAACGUACAGCUGUUGCCCUUCGAGAAUACGCAGAGACCGGGGACAUCCGCUAUUUGCUGCUGGUACAGCGCCAUCUAGCAUCCAUACAAAAUGAAAAUGGAGAUCUCCCGAUUCACCUGGCAGUAAUCAACAACCAAGUGAUAGCAUUGCAGUACCUGCUGGACGUCAUGGGAACACUCCCAAAGUCCAGGUCAAGGGUCAAUGCCUUCAACCUCCUCAGACAGACUGCCCUCCAUCUUGCUGUCAUCACAAAACAAAAGAACGUCAUCGAGAUUCUUCUCCACGCUGGUGGAGACCCCAGCCUCUGUGAUCGCCAUGGUAACACACCAGCACACCUGGCAGUGUUGAGUGAGAGUAUGGACUGUCUGCAUUCUCUUGUCAGAUAUAUACAGCCCACAGCAAAUGUGAACAAACCGUUCCCAGAGUUGGAUUAUCUCAAUUAUGAGGGGUAUGCCCCCGCCCACCUGGCAGCUCGCCGCGGCAACGUUGCAGUGUUGAAGACGCUGGUGUAUGGUCAGGCGGACAUGAAUCUCCAGGACGGCAAAAGUGGUCGUACUCCACUCCACCAUGCUGUUGAAGUUGAUGACUUGCCAACAGCAGGGUAUCUUCUUAUGGAGACUGAUGCUGACGUGAAUGCCCACUGCUUUGACGGGAACACUGCACUACACAUUGCAUGUGGGCGUGGGCUGGUGGGAAUGGUGGCGCUGCUGAUGACAGCUGGUGCUGAUCCCAACAUCGAGAACGAGGAGAUCCCCCCCUUGGUAGAGGAGGGGGAUGAUGCAGAGGACAACAGUCUAGACUCCUGGGGAGAGAGGCUCGGCAUGAGGCCAGCAGACUAUGCUCAGGAGAAUGAGAGGAUCCUGAGCAUCCUUCAAGGUGAAAUAUACACUCCACAAGAACCCACAGAUGAUUUGGAUAACCAGGACCUCCAGGAGGACUCGGUGCCCUCAGACAACCGGGAGACAACCACGGAGAUAACGUCCAUCUACUCAUGCCGUAAUGAGAGUGGAGUCGACAGCAUGAACUUCAAACUGUUUCAGCAAGGUGACCUUGAGAAGCUGGAUUUCCUGACACGAAUCGAGUUGGCGAAGUUGCUUGACCCAAUGCAGCCUGGACGUGAUGUUUUCUCUCUGGCCGAAAGGCUGGACUAUUUUAAUCUCCAUCACGCCCUAGAGGCCAUGAAAGAACAGUCCAGUCCUACUCGCUUCCUGCUCGACUACUACGAGGCAUCUGAUGGGACAGUGACGAAGUUGCGCAGCUCACUGCAAGUGAUGGAUCGACAGGAUGCUGUCAUGAUCAUCGACACAGCCCUGGCACCAGACAAGCCUGCUGACAAAACCGCCACAGAUACCCGUGUUGACUCGGGGAUGGAGAGUAUGGGGAGAAAGGCCCUCCCGUCACGCUGCAACCUCACAUCAUCAUAGAGAAACAUCCCUCCCUCCCUAUCACUCCAA